AUGGGUUCAGCAGCAUCGACGAAACUGUCCGACAACGUCAAGGGAGCGUCAGUGCAGCAGCUGUCUGAAACAGCGUCCGAGUUGAGCCCUGAGCAGCGAGCGAAGCUCCUGGCGGCCUUGGACAAACUGCAAGGGCCGGUGAAAGUCUUGGACCCCGUGGAUGCGGAGGUGGAGAAGCUGCAGAAGGCCCGUGAUGCCUCCGACGAUGAGCUCCUGGAUAAUGCUUGGUGGGCCUUCUACGUCAGGCAGUUUCCCAGGCUGUUGGUUGCUUGGCUGGACUUGGCCCAAGGAGCUCCUGAUCUUCGAGCUCACCUGGGUCAACGCUUGAGGGAGUGUGCUCCCGAGCGCGCCGGUUUUGUGGCUGAAGAUCCUCACGUUUCCUUUUCACAGGUCCCCAAAGACUGCACUGGAAGGCCGAAGCGAGGAGCUUUGAGAGGUGGCCUUUUGCGCCGCGAGGACAUCGAAGCCUUGGUGGAGGCCGCGCCGUCGGGGCGACCUUUACCUGUGAUCUACUUCUUGGACAAUGCCGAGGCAGCCACUAUGAGGAUCACUGCUUUUUUGGUUCGAGUGCGAGGCGGGGGCUUGAUGGCUGCUCUACCAGGCACCGACGAAAUCCGCUCUCUACUCGAAUCCCUGAAUGCUGGCGAUCCAGAGGCACCUUUGCUUUACAUUCCGAUGAACAUCGUCUGCGAGACUCCGAGAAGGCGCAACGUGGGCGAGCAGCCCCUCCUCUUAGUGGACAUCCCUUGGUCAUGGCUUUCCUUCCUUCGUUCGGGCGCAGCCUUGCGAGGGAGCCCUCUCGAGCUCAUUUCGAUAAAGGAUGGAGAAGUGACAGUCCGUCCCAAUCGGGAUGCCGCCCUGGUUGCAGCAAAUAUGUGGAUAUCUGUUGCCACCGAGGAUCCGGAGCUUCUGGAAUCUGGUUUGGGGGAAUAUGUCACCGCUGCCGAGGAUGUGGACGGAGAACCCUUGGAAGAGCCAGCAGACCGCGACGACCUGGACGACGACCCCGGCGAGUUGGGGCCCAGACACGUCGUGGCUGCAACUCAGCCUGGUGUUUUGACCGAUGCCGACUUGCAACGCCUACGCGAAGCUGCCGGCUCGGCACCUCCGCGCUUGGCCCAGCACGAAAGAGCCUCGAGGACGGCGAUGACCAGACAGGCCGACGAUACCUUGGCCGAUAUCGAAGCUGGCGUCGCUUUGGACGAUGGACUGCCAGGGGCUUCGGGCGAUGCUGUUCUUCAGAAGCUGCUUCUGGUGCAAACCCAGAUGCUUGCCAAGCUGACGGCAGGCAAGCCCCGCAGCCCUUUGGAAGCUGCCCUCAACACCGGCAGGGGCAGAGACGACGGCAGCUUGACUGCCAAAGGCUCCGCCGCGAGAGACGCUUACGUGAGGCUUCUGAAGGACAGUGCUGUGGUUGCCGAACAGAUCAGGCGAUUAGCAGCCGAGGAGUUGGGCGAGGAUGCAACGUCACCUCCCCCGAGCCUUAUGCGCACUUUCGUGGAGAAGCGGAGCCCGGUCGGCGAGCUGAGAACCUUGGCGCUCGUCGAGACCUUCGCUGCUCACGCGUGGGAGCACGCCCGGCUCACCCAGAACCUCGAUCUGGAAAGUUGGAGUGCUCGCCUCAUUAUGUUUGCAGAUCAAUGUGCUAUGGAGGGAGGCAGAACCCAGUUGUCGUGGCUCCUCACGGGGCUACCGGACCCUGCCUGGGGGACGCUGGUUCGCCGUCGCCAAGGGCUUCGACCGUUCUCGCGGCUGUGCCCCAGCCUUUGGCUCAGCGGCAACGUCGCUUACCUGAAGGAGAUGGAGUGGCUUUCGACCCGGAUGUCGUCCACAAGCACAAGCGAUCCUGCAAGAGACCAUUCAAAGGACGACGCCGAGCAGGAGGAAGGUCGCCCAGACCGGCCCGGUGGAGCCAGCCGUGUCUACAGCCGCUUCGUGCGCGCCCUUGAAUUCGACAGAUCCCAACCUUGCUGGGGUGAUGCCCUCAGCGGCGCAGGUGUUGCUUGGGUUCAUUCCUUCGUCAAUCCUUGUGCGCUCCCGCCUGCGCAGCUGUGCCUGACGAACGCUCAAGCGAUGUUUGGCCUGUCCCUCUGCCAACUGCUCGUUGGACGGCCCAUGCAUCUUGCAAUCUCAGCCCGCGACGGCGCCGCAGAGCUAAGCUUUUUAAGGUUGCAAGGGAGCUUCUUAAACUUCAACUUGGUUGUCUUAACUGGCUUGCUUUGGGAUGUCCUUCUGCUGCCCCGGACCGUGCAAGAGCUCGCGGCGCGGUCCCGUCAGUUGACCAGCUUAAUGUCUUGGAUACGCUGGAGCGCCACUGCCUUCAUUUCCUUCGGGCGGGAUUCUUCAGCCUUUCCAGGGCCUUGGAACUGUCACAGGCCGAUUCGUCGUGUGCUUAUGACCCGGACUGCCUGCUUUCUGAAUUCGUUUGUGCUCUUGAAUCCGAGUGGUGUCCCUAUAGCCGGCGCCCCCGACCCCCGCAUAGACCUGAACCACCCGAUCCUGCUCAGGCUGCAUCCGUGGAAGAGGCCGCCCGGGCCUCUCAUGGUACAGGUGCACGCUUCCCGCUCCGAGCUACUCAAGUUGGUUGCAAAGUGGGACAAGUUCAAGGCCCUUAAGCUUUUCAAAUGUUCAGAGGUAGACUCCUUAGAGGCCGUAGGCUGCUUCGGGGUUCCAAAGGAUAGUUCCUUUGACCGUUUCAUUUUAAAUCCCUCCGUGACUAAUUCCAGGGCACACAAACUAAGCUGCUUCACGAAACUCUUAGCACCGGGAUGUCUUUUGGCUCAGGCGAGCCUGCCGACUGAUAAUCAUGUGUUGCGAGUUUGUUGUGAUGAUUUGAGCGAAAUGUAUUAUACUUUUGUGGUCCCACCCCUAAGAGCCCGUCGUAAUUGUUUGGGGGUUCCCUUCUAUCCUCAUGAACUUGCUGGGUUUAGCGCCUUCAACCCUAACCUUCAUAACGAACCAUGUUUCUUAGCGCUGAACGCGCUCGCAAUGGGAGACUGCGGGGCGGUGGAAAAUGCACAACAGCGCCCUUUUCCGCGCUCUCCGUGCCUGGAAUUUCUUUCGAUAGAUGAUCAUAUGACAGCACAGGUCUGCUCACGUGCGCAACUUCGAACUGGAGCCCCGUUGCGUGAUACUGCCAUUUUCCUUGGUGCUGACGCUGCCUAUCCAGCUGUGGGCCUCGUGCCGCACCCGGGAAAACGGAAGAGGAACGUCACUUCAGGCGUCUUCUUGGGCGCUGACCUGGACGGCCUCGCUGGUCUUGUUUCGGCACCUCGGCACCGGACUGGGGUCCUUGUGAAAAUCACUGCUGUGAUUGCUCGACGGGGCUGCUGCUCCUCGUCACUUCUUUCAUCAGUGGUCGGACUCUGGAUCCAUGUGCUGCUUUUCAGGCGUCCAGCCUUUGCGGUGUUGAGUCAGGUUUUCGUCGAUGCCCGACGUACACCGUCCAACAAAGUGCUACCCUUGCAUCGCGACACCGUGAACGAGUUGUGGUGUCUGUGCGCUAUCGCGCCCCUGCUUCAGGCCGAUCUUCGUGCGUCCGUUCCAGGCUUGCUGUUUUGCAUGGACGCGAGCCCGUCGGGUGCAGGACUCUGUUAUGCCACAUUGCCGAGCCACGUCCUGCAGGAGUUGUGGAGGCACACUGAACAGAAGGGUUUUUACACCAAGUUGCUGGAGCCUGCCUCGGCUCUGCUUGCUGACCUCGGUUUGAGUGAUGAUCCGGGGGCCGGUUUUGUGGAUGGCAUCUCUUCGGCAUCUUCACCUCUUGUGCCUGAGCCAUUGCCAUUGCGCGAGCCUCGUCCGGGCGUUCCUUCCUUCGUCUGCCUUUUCGGUGCUGCCGAUAAUUGGGCCGUGGCCCAUUCCCGUGCUGGGUUACAAAACUUGUCUGAGGUGCAACCUUGGCUUGCUGACCUGGUUUUCAGCGACUUGGAUGAUUCAAACGUCUUCCGGGACCUCUGUCAGCUUGCGCUGUCUGGAACGGUUCACGACUGGCAUGCCUCACCGCCUGCUGCUUCGUUUAUGGACCGCGGAUGUGCCUCACGCUCUGCGCUGCGCCCCACUGGGUUCAACCUAGAUGCUUACGAGAUUGCCCUGGACAACACGCGUGUGCGAAGGUUGUGCUUCCUCCUCUGCAUCGCUGCCUCAGCAGGCUCUUUCGUGAGCGUCUCCCAGCCGGCUGCCAGCCUGAUGUUCCGGCUUCACUGUUUCCGCGGCCUUGUGGCUUUCGGCGCUGUGCUUACUGAACUGUCUUUGUGUUCAUUCGGCUCACCUUGUCAGCGGCCCACUGCUCUGCUUCACAACAAGCCCUGGUUGCAUAAGCUUGGCGGUUUGGUGGGGAGGUGCUUCUGUGACGCUUCCGUUCCUCACUUUCCUUCGGCGGGCCGCUUCACUGCUGCGAGCUGCGCUUCCUUCAACGCCCGCUGUCGCCCGAGCUCUGCCGCUGUCUUCGGGAGAAACCCUCUGCCUGGUGAGUUGGUCUCGACUUUCUGUGCUGUGCUGCCCCUUCCUUUCGCUUGUCGUGCGGCCUCUGGCAGCUCUUUUGCCGCUACGGGCAUGCUCGUCCCCAUGCCACUUUCGGCCACACUCAGUACCCUCCAUGCCCUAGGGUUUAGUGGUUUAGUCCCUUUCCCUCUGUUUCAGGGUGACUGUAGCUUUGAAGCCCGACAGUUCCAUGACGAUCCAGAAUGGAUUGGUGAGCUUGCAGAUUCCUUGGAGUUCUGCGAACUCCUGCGGUACAAGUUUCUUUCACCUGGGCACAUCAAUGUCCUUGAGACCCGUGCCUACAAGACUUGGUUAAAGUGGUGCGCGCGGCAUCAUCCAAACUCGAGGAUCGUCGGCUUGAUCGACAGCCGGGUUCUUUUGGGUUCCGCCGCUAAAGGACGUUCUGCCAGUCCGGCCAUUUGCCGUGUGCUUCGCUCCACAGUGCCUUACAAUCUAGGCUCUGGCCUUUACCCGGGGGGUCUUCACGUCUACUCUGCAACCGCAGUGACGGUCCUUCUCGUGGUCGUCCGCCGGCUCCGGCUUCCAAAGAGUGGCCCUCCUGGUUGCACUCCCUUGUCGCCGGCGAUUUCCGUCAUUUUGACCUUGUUUGUGCUGCGGCUGCUGUCCCGCGGGUUUUGGGCCGGUGGCUUCGGCUCCUCUUACUGCUCGCAGGGGAUGUCGAGAGAAACCCCGGCCCCUUUCAUGACGGGGCUCCUCGGGGUGCGUUGGACAUGCAAGGUGGUUUCGCUCCUUCCACUCGCCACAGGAUGGACAAAGCCCUCAGCGCAUUUGCUCUAUGGCUCCAGGAAUUUCUCGGACUAA